GUUGAUGACGAGGAACUCCAAGAGGAGACCUUACAGCUUCGGGUGAAGGAUUACGACACGUAUACUGCGCAUGACGCUAUAGGCAAGGUAUAUUGUCACUAUUAAAUUAAUAGAGAGGUUCAGAUUUGACUUCCACUGCGGUUACCGUUAAGUGACCAUUAACCAAUCAGAUGCGUUUGAUAUAUUAGCACUUACCGUCGAAAGCUUUGCAAUUACAAAUGACGUGGCAUGGCAAAACAAAACAUUAAGCCUGGCGCACACGAUGCGAUUUUAGUCGGCCGAUAAAAAUCGUUUGACUAAAACUAACAAAAUCGUUGUGUGCGCGGUGUCAUUUUUAACCGAUUUUUGUUGCUCGAUUUUAAUCGGACAACAUCAAAACGUUUUGAUAUUAUACGAUUUUUAUCGGUGGAAUUUUAAGUACAGUAUAACCAAUCAGAUUUCAUGCUGUGAUCACGUGCUUGUAUUUAUUUGGCAACAUGGCGGCUACAGUUCAGGGAGCAUAUUUUUUUCGUAAUCGUGUGCGGAGUAUACCGAUGUAUAUCGGUAUGUCAAACGAUUUUUAUCGGCCGACUAAAAUCGCAUCGUGUGCGCCAGGCUUUAGCGAACUUAAACAAGGCUUAAUGUAGUACGGGGACAUGAGAAGAAACAACCUUAAAUUUUACACUUUUAAAAUCAUAAAGAACUACUGUUGUCAAAAACUUCAACAAACAGGUGAAAGUGCAACAAGGACGGCUAUCAUUAAUAUCAUAUUAAUACAAGAAAAUGAGCAGAAAUUAAAAAUAAAAAUCCAACGGGAGUUUUAGAUGUCGUCGUUGCUCCGUGUACAACGGCAAAAUACGGAUUAUUACGUCUUGUAUAUAAUGGUUACCUUUCAAGCAUGGACAACUGCUACUUUCAAUUGGGUCCUAGAACUUUUCUUAAUACUGUAAUUAAUCCUGUGUUAAUAAAACCUCAAUCUUUAAACUGUGUUAUUUUUCAUACAUACGAGGGAUAUCUUCUGCAAUCAUUUGGUUUAACGAGUUUGUUUGCCGUCGCGUUCACUUGCUUCAUGCUUAAGAAGAUCGUGACGACGAACAACCGACUACGUUUGAAAUAUUUAUUUUUAUAUGUAUGCAAAUACUCAAUGUAUACCAUCAAAAAUUUAACCUACAUAAUUAGUAAUUAUGUGUCUAGCUUUGUGUUCCGGAAGUUUAAAACUCACCAGUUCUUUACAAAACUACUCUCGGACAUGCAAACGUUGCGUAGUCAAUUUCGGUGCUGCGUUCUUGAUGUAAACUUUGCAACACAAGAAUACCUUAUGAUUUUUAGGUGGUAGUCAUAUUAUCUAUGGUGAAAAGCAUUUAAAUUUUAGUUUCCUCUCUGAAAACAAUGUGAAAACAAGCAAUUAACCGUAGUCCGUACCCGUUGUUCGUUGUCGCUGCGUUCGCUUAUUCGAAGACAGCACUCUGAUAAGUUUGCUCUCAUAUGAGAAAUAAUAGGGACGGCGCUUAAAAGAUUAAAUACGGUGUAGAGGAACAUACUACUUUUUGACCUAAGACUGCUAUGAAAAAGAACUAUAUAAUUCAGGGUGCGAUAUUCGCGUACUUAGUACUGUACUUCUUUGUUUUUAUGCCAAGUACCACGCGGGACUGUUGCUAUCUGUGUGCUUCCUUUUUUGCUGGUACUACAUGAUAUGUGUACUUCUGGCAAGAUGGCACUAAGGAAUGUUGGAAUCGAUUGUUUGUGUAUGCAAUUGUGCUUUUUCUUUAACUAGUAUUCGAAUGCACUUUAGUAUGUGUUGAGUAUGUACAGUAGCAGUGCAAGUAUCUGGCGUACCAGUCAGAUAUACUGUACGACCAAGAGAGUGAAUUAUCGCACCCCGAUAAUAUGACAUGUUCUCUCAAAUAAGCAGUACUUCCUGACUUCAUAUUUCUGAUUCUCUUUAAGGUGAAUAUAAGCUUGAACUGCUUGCUGAGUUAUGAUUCUCCUAGCUCAUUGGCUGGAUGGUUUCCAAUAUAUGACACAAUGCAUGGUAAGAUAAAUACAGUAUAUUCUCAUGUACGUCAUUGUCUCUCAUAUUGUAUACAAGAUUGUGAAAAAUCACCUCCUAUAUAUAGUUAUAACGAUACUUGAUUGUGCCGCUGUUGUAAUGUACAGUAGUGCACACAUUAUAUCUAUGUUACUUUUCCCAUUAAUGUUUCCAAGGUUUAUAGAAACGUUGGAAUUUUCCGAACAUUGGAACGUUUCCUAGUUUGCCCAGGAAUAAUCUAGACUACUGUAGGAAAAACAUAGAGUCCAUGUAGUCCAAAGCGUUCCAUGCAUUGAUCAUAUCUGCAGAUAUAUAACUUUUCUGUAGUCGGCUGACUCGUCAUGGUUUCACGCAUUCCAAUAAUAUUAACUACAAUCAUUACUAAAUGUCCGUUACUGUAUGGGAGUGAUCAGUUUUCUUUUAAAUACCUAUGAAUGACGUUAGAAACUUCAACGAUUAGGGACAUAGAUAAAUUAUCUUAUAUACACUAGAUAGUGCAUCUAAUUAUUCUGCAAUUUAAAAAUUGAAGUCGUGAUUGCAGACUCAGGAUAUUCCCAUGAAAUGAGAAGAUUCGUAUGUUUUCUAUUUCUUAAACAGGGAACUUAAACAUCAAACGUAUUCCAAAUACAUUUUUAAACUAUUCAAAUGAUGAAAGUUAUUGUUGUUUUUAAGCGUUUAUUAGCGAGUGAGAACGACCAACAUGGCCGCCAUCUAUUCAAAUGGGGGGGUAACCGCUGGAAUAUUCUUGGCUUCAAUUUUACUAAAAGAGAUGCACUAUCUAGUGUAUAUAAGAUAUCUUUGAUUAGGGAGUUGAAGCUUUGCGUUUCCGGGAACGGCAAACGGCAGGUUCGAACUUUCUUCGCAAAAUUUUCGUUAAACGUUUUCGUUUCAUAUUUUAUUUCUUGUGUCGAAAGAAUUGUCAUGCAUUGCAGUUUUAAAACAGCAAGUUCAGAAACUCUUUAUUGCCUGAUUCCAUAAAAUGUUUCUUUGCUUGGCGUUUGCCGUUUGCCGUAUAACGCGAAGACAUGUUUCCCUGAUGAUGGCUCUGAAAUAGAGUUUGGUCAUCCAAAUGUUUUGGCAUAACUAUAGCGUGAACAUUUUAACUAGCGAAGUGAAAAUUAACUUGGAUCAGAUUGUAAGAAGGAUUUCAAAUAAACACAAAGGAGCUGCAAUAAGUGUACGUUAUCGUACAUUUCCCUUGAUUUUGGCUUACGCCAAGCUGUUUUCUGUGUACAAUCAUACGUCCGAACGCCUAGUUUUGACCCCUGCAGUUAUCGGAGUGACUAAAUUUCUCUCUAUGUAUUGACCCGUAUAUGUUUGAUAGCAAAUAUAUGGAACGAAAACGUUUAGCAAUAUUUCACCACUCCCAUGAAGUUUAUUCGAAGUUGCUUUUCUAUUUUUUAUAGGAAUACGUGGAGAAAUCAAAAUCAUAGUCAAAGUUGAUUUUUUUAUUGAUGCAAACAAGUUUCGCCAAUCGUCCUGUGGA